AAUGGCUUUCACCAAAUCAAUAACAUAAAUAACAUCAAAACGCAGACAAACCUUCGAUCGUCAAACAAAUUGGGGCCAAAAGAAACACUUCCAAACGUCAAACCCUAUCAAUCAGAUGGAACGAUGUUGUGGAAAUUAGGGUUUGAAGUUUCAGAUUGAAAAUGGUCAAUUUUCUCAUCUGAGGUUUUCUGCAAAAUUCAAGGUUCUGACAAGUGAGAGGAACUUCGAAGAUAAAAUGGUGCCAAAUCAAAAUUUUACUCGAAUUGACACGUUAGAGCUAAAAGCUCUUAUUGUUCGAAGGAUUGGCCGCCAGAAAGCAGAAAAGUACUUUGAUCAGCUGAAAAGAUUAUUUAGUUUGAAGCUUAGUAAGCGUGAGUUUGAUAAGUUUUGCCUCUGGACGAUUGGAAGAGAGAAUAUCCCUCUUCACAAUCGACUAAUUGGUUCCAUUCUUAAGAAUGCUUGCCUCUCCAAAGUUCCUCCAUUGAAAGGUAGAAAUGUGGGUGUGCCCAAAGAUGUUAAAGUUGCUAAUGGGUAUCAGAGAAACUGUCUGCAGUCACUCUAUGGAGACGCAUUUCCUCCAUCCCCUCGCAAGGGCAGGUCUCAAGUCAAUCGGGAUCGCAGGUUUCGGGACCGCCUGAGUCCUCUUGGGCCAUUAGGAAAGCCCCAAAGUGUUGCAUGUGAGGAAUUGGCUUCCAAGGCACAAGAGCAGCAAAGUGCUACUGAAUUGCUUUCUCUUGGUAGCAGACCUCCAGGUGAGGUGGUUUCUGUGGAAGAUGGGGAAGAAGUUGAACAAUUGGCCGGGAGCCCAAGCGUCCAAAGUAGAAGCCCAGUUAGAGCUCCUUUUGGAAUUUCUAUGAACAUGGGUGGUCGUAAGUCUCUGUGUAAUGUAUCUGUCUGCAAUUAUCAUCCCGAAACCUGUCAUAACAGCGGUGAGCUACCUGAUACUGGAUCUCUCAGGAGUCAUUUGGAGCGGAAGUUGGAGAUGGAGGGCUUCGGUGUCUCGAUGGACUGUGUUAACCUGUUGAAUAAUUCAUUGGAUGUGUUUCUGAAGAGAUUAAUUGAGCCUUGUCUGCAAUUAGUGGGAUCCAGAUGUGGCAAUGAGCACUUGAGACAACUAAAUGCCCAAACCUUGCCUGGUAUGAAUAGGAUUUUACCUGGAAGAUAUAUUCAGAAGUCGAGAAAACCCAAAUAUGCAUCCGUGUUGGAUUUUCGUGUUGCAAUGGAGUUGAAUCCCCAGAUUCUUGGAGAAGAUUGGCCUAUACAACUUGAGAAGAUUUGCUUGCAUGCUUCUGAAGAAUGAACAAAACUUAAUAUCUGUGAUUCAUCAGAUGAUGAGAUCAUGAAAAAUUAGUUUGAGAGCACAUUAAAUUGGCGACUUAGUGUUUUUAGGCAAAUAUUCACUCAAGUGAAUUUCAACCUCGCUGUUAUGCAAAUUCUACAAGCAUUUUCAAAGGGAAUAAAUUGUUAAUGCUGUGGGAAGCUUCAAUCCAGUUAGGUGGGAUGCAUUUAAAUGUUAGUGCUGGUGGGAAAGGGGCCCUGUCUAUACAGUAAAAUGUAAACAUCUGAAUACAAUUAAGAACCUCACUGUUUCAAGAGUUCAAAACCAUUCUUCAAUUGAUAUCUGUUUCUGUUAGUUGCUGAAUUUUGCUGUGAAAUAAAAGAUUAUUUAGUUUCAGAUUGACUACAAUCAACACUGUUGUCAGUUAUAAUCUCUUCCGAAUUAUGAAUUGAUCUGGAGUUUUCUUUCCUUAUUCACAUAAUUCUAUCUGAAUAUGUUAUUCCUCCCUAAUGUUAUGCAUGUCAUUUCAUCUUAUAUCAGUUUUGAGUUGUUUUUCAAUAUUUGUGACUCUGGUACUACAGAAUAUCUCCUUUGGGAUAUUUGCAGGAAGGUCUUGUAUCAUCCUUGUUUGGAGUUAACUAGGUUGUUUCUUGGUUAAAAACAGCUUUUAGAUUGAUUGUGCAUUGCAACAUGAUUUCAACAAAAUGGAUUACAUAACGGUAUUUGAUAAAUUGUCAGUGUUUGAGAGUCUAAUGCUCCCUUAUUCUCAUAUUUUUACUGCUUAAAUAGUACCACCACAUCAUCAAUUUGUCAUUUCCAUAACAAUUAUGCCAUCCUCAUUCUAACAGCAUUAAACUACUCCCCCAAUUCCUUAUGCCAUACAUAUGGUUCUUCACUGGAACUGUCCAGUAUUACUAUAACUAUGUUCUGGUUUGUUCAAGUUCCACAGAAAGCAUCUUUUGGGUAGCUUCAAGUUGUCAUUACUCACGAAAUGCAGGCCUUAUUGCGGUUUCAAGAAGGUGUACGCUUUCCCGAAUAGCCUGGUGAGAUUACCUUUUGACUGAAUAUAAUUCCAGUAAACCGCAGGAUCAACUGUGAGCUCAUUAUUCAUUUUCAAUUGGAGAUAAAAAUGAAUUCUAUUACCAUAUUCACGAUAUGCUUGCAAAUUCUUGUUAUUUCAUGAUGAUGUGUUGAUUUAGAUGGUCAAAACUUGGCCCAUCGUGUGCUGGUGAAAAAUGAGUGAAAAGUUUUCUUGUAUUAUCAAAGAAAAAUCUUCAGUUUGGCUGGUCAUUAGCACAAGGCUAGUAAUUACGAAGACUGCAGAUUGAAUGAAUGUGAAAAGGCACGCGAUGUAAAGUUCAGAGUUUGUUUAAUUAUAUUUGGAAGGUAAUUACAUGUACCACCAUCCUGGCGACAGGCAAGUGAAGAUCCUGCUGGUUGAUGGAUAUGUUCAUGGAAUUUCCCUGUUGAUGUUCACCUGUGAUUAUUUUCUUCUUUUUUGGGACUUAUUUUGUUCUUGGGAUGGAACCUUUAAGUUCAAAGUCUGUACAGGCAUUGUAUCUAAAAGUUCAAUUUGGUUAAUGCUCUCUAAUCACAAUUACAGUUGUUUUUUAA